AAUUUUUCAGUUUACUUUUCUCGAGCGAGCACGUCUGUGGGCAAGGAAGGAUGAUUUACAUUCAGAAACUAAGAUAGGAUUUUUCUUGAUUUACUGUUACCGGAUGAUAUUUAUUUUGAAAAUUUUGCCUUCAUACUUUCGUUGCAUUCGAUACUACUUGAUUUUGCAACAGUUACAAAAGAAUGGCAGCUAGCAUACCGUAUGAAAUUUCUAAAUUCCGAAAUCAUGCCAGACAGCUGAGACGUAUUUUGAGAGAUACAAAACAAUCCCUUGAAGAUAUAGAAAAAAGUGGAUACUUUACCGAAGAACAAAUUGAAAGCAUUCAACUGAAACUUGAAAGUGAGCAAACUGUAUAUGGAGUUAUAUACAGCUCCAUUGGAAUUACUAUAUUAGGUCAUGAUUGUUGGGCUAAAGCUGCAGUUGCUAAUGAGUUAUUUGGCCAAAAGAUUUUACCUACUGAACCCCAAGAUGCCGAAAGUGAUAGUUCUAAAAUGGCUUGGAGAAUGGUUCGAUUUAUAUAUGGGGUUGAAACUCAGGUCAGUUUAGCUUUGCCAAAUAGCUAUGAAUUAUUGGAUCAUUUAGUUUCUCAUGAACAACAGUGGCAUACUGUGCCUCUGGAAGAUCUUGAACUAAAAGGUAAACCUGGUGAGGAUCCAGCAUUUGAAACAGCAGUGCUUGAUGUCAAAUUACGCCACCAACUUUUAAGAGAUGAUGUUGUUGUAAUGGUUUCUCCAACAAAUGUGAACGCUAGUUUUGAGCAGAUUCUUUCUGUUUGUAUGGAUGGAUUUACUUCAAUUGUGAUAUAUGCCAUUUCUAAUGGAGUUUUAUCUCAAAGUGAAGUUUCUGAGCUGAUGGAAAUAAAGAAAAAAUUUCCCAAAUUACCUAUUUUCUUCAUUUGUGUAUUUCCACCAUCAUCUGAGCUGACUGAAUCUGAACAGCACGUUCGAAAUAUAGGGCUAUAUGGACGUAGGAGUGUUUUUAAACCUCAUUCUUACCAUGAAAGUUCACCCAUGUUACAAACUGUUUUGAAAAGAAAAGAAUCUUUAGAUUCAAAAUUAGGUUCAGCUUCAUUGACUUUAUGCCAACAGUUAUGUGGUCUUGGAUUUUUGAAUGUGUUUUCACCAAAUUUGAAAAAGAAAUUGUGCCGGCAGCCAAGUGGAGGUAUUGAAGUGGAGAGUAAGCUUAUUGAGGAUUUUGAAAAUUUUAGCAGCAUUUUACUUCAUAUUCGCCAGAUUCUGCAAGCUGAACUUGUUCAAGUUGCCACUAUAUUAAACGAAGCUCAUAACACUUGUUUACGAAUGUUCAUCCUUAGUGCUUUUGACAUGACUUGGGACAUGUUAAUAACUCCUAAAAGAAUCGCAUAUGCAAGACAACGAGAAAAUGAACUCUACGAGUCACUUAUGUCAAUUGCAAACUGUAAACAAGAGGAAAUACGCCAGCUUAUUGUAGAAACAAUCAAUGGAAUGACAGAUGAAUUACUUGUGAAAGCAUCAGAUUAUGAGUUUCAGGGUGUUGAGUUAUCAGAAAAUGAACCACCAUCAGUUAGAGAACUUCAAAUUUGUACUAGUGAAAUCCAGUCAUUAGUUUUGCAUUCACUGAAUAGUGCUGUUGCAGGAAAACUAAUUGGGUCUGUUGAUUAUUUACGAGAAAGCUUUGUAGGUACCCUUGAAAGAUGUCUUGUUAGUUUAGAAAAUGUUAAAGAAGGUGGUGAACCAUCUCAGGCUAGCAAUGCUCUAAAACAAAUAUUAAAUGCUGCAUAUCAGGUUGAAGUGACUGUUAGAACUAGUUCAUCAUUGCUUAGAGUUUUGUUUGAAAAAAUGAAACAGAAAGUUGUAUCACUUCAUAGUUUAGGAGAUUCUUUUCAACAAUCAAAUAUUAGCUGCAACUCUCUAUAUUACCUACCAAUGACAGAAUUCCCUUUUUUAAAGAAUACAGCAUUAGAAAAUUUCCUUUCUUUGUUGGUACAAACACUGCCAUGGAAAGCCCCACCUGUCAUUGAUUCUGAAUGGAAAAGGAAAGUAGCUUAUGAUAUGCUCAUGAGUUUGAGUGAAUCUCGUCUUGCUCGUUCUAUUUGCUCCCAGUUUCGAGAAAGGCUGAGGGCAUCCCAUGAACAGUUUGCUGCUUCACUGCGGCACCUGGAAGCAAUGCAUUCAGGACGUUUAGAGCGUACUGAGGAGCAACGUUUGAAAGUUAGGAAACUUCAUGCUCCCAAGCUUGCAAAAUUUGCUCUUGAAAGUACAUCUCUUCGUGACAUAAUUUUGUAUGGAAUGCCACACAUAGGACGUGAAAUUGGACGUGGCCAGUAUGGUGUAGUUUAUGCUUGUGAUUCCUGGGCUGGAUAUUCUCCUUGUGCAAUAAAAUCAGUUGUCCCACCUGAUGAUAAACACUGGAAUGACUUGGCUAUGGAAUUUUAUUAUACAAGGAGUAUCCCUGAGCAUGAUCGUAUUGUCCAGAUUCGAGGAUCUGUGAUUGAUUUGACAUAUGCUGGUGGAAGUACACCUGCUGUUUUGCUAGUUAUGGAUAGAUUGCAAAGAGAUUUGUAUUCUGCAUUAAAAAUGGGCUUACCUUGGAAAACAAGACUACAAAUUGCUUUAGAUGUUGUUCAAGGCAUACGUUUUCUGCAUGGUCAAGGUCUGGUGCAUAGAGAUAUCAAGUUGAAGAAUGUCCUGUUGGAUAAACAUAAUAGAGCAAAAAUUACAGAUUUGGGUUUCUGUAAACCAGAAGCUAUGAUGUCUGGUAGCAUCGUUGGUACUCCCAUUCACAUGGCUCCAGAAUUAUUCAGUGGAAGAUAUGACAACAGUGUGGAUGUGUAUGCGUUCGGAAUUUUGUUUUGGUACAUUUGUGCAGAUCAUGUUCGUCUUCCAUAUGUGUAUGAGCAGUGCCAAAGUAAAGACCAGCUUUGGACUUCAGUCAAGAAAGGUGCAAGACCGGAGCGUCUCCCUCAAUUCGAUGAAAAUUGUUGGAGGCUGAUGGAAGACUGCUGGAAUGGUAACCCUUCUCUUAGGCCAUUGUUGGGAGAAGUCGAGCCACGUUUGAUGGAAAUUAUAGAGUACUAUGAGCACAAUCCCUUACCAAGUGGGUUUUCCUCCAUCCUUAAAUCUAACACUGUCAAUAGACGUAACAAACGCUAUGCUAAAUCUAAUGUUAAUACUUCUCGGCGGAGAACUGCUACGCAUCCGCAAGCAUGACUCUUAAAGUUACCCGACAGAAUGGCACUGUCGGACGUGUGUCCUUUCUCCGAGAUCUUAUCUGAAGUAACUGCUAAACUUGAUUUCAUUUCUGAUAAACUUGUGCCUAACAAGAAUACUUCCUGAUUAACAAACUUUUUCUUUGGAGAAGGGAAUAUUUUUCUUUACUUUUCACUUAUGGACAUUUUCUUUCAGUUUGCUAACAUUAUGCAGGGCUGGCUAUUGGAUUUUAGUUAUUUUGUUCUAGCAGAUUUAUUUUACAGUAGGGUUUCUGUUUUGUUGGUAACAAUUUUUUCUGGCUGUUUUGCACAACUUUAACUUGUCUGCCUCUUGUUUCUUGCAUGCUUUUCCAUGUUUAAAAUUUUAAGUUUCAUCUAAUUUUAAAUAUAUUAAUAUUUUUUUUUUCAAAUAACUAGUUGAAAUAUUUUAGUUUGUAAAUUGUUAAAGAUUUUGAAAUGAACUUCAUUUCAAAAUAAGAGUUUUAAAUUUGAACAUAUUUAUGUCCUUAAGGUUUGUUUAAAAAAGUAAUUGUUUUUUUUUAACUAUAGAUUUAAAAAAAAAUUACUAUAAUAUAUUGUGAUAUAUAUUAAAACCUUAAUAGUGUGUGCAUUAAUUGGUAAAAAUAGAUACAGGUAAGAUGUAUUGUUUAAUUUUGCUUGCUUGCUGCUUCUGCUUUAUUUGUCAUGUCAUGAUGUCUGUAUAUAAGUAGUGCACAAUCCUUGAGAUAGUUUUCCAAAAAUUUAAAAAAAAUAUUGAAGAAAAUUAGUUUUUUAAAAUCUGUCAUUGCAUUUUGUGUGUAAAGCACAGUUCAUAUAAAAAAUAGCCUUAAAGUAAUGCAAGAUGCAUUUGAUCAGUAGUCUUUUCUUUAAUUAUCUAUUCAUUAAUUUAUUUUAAAAAUAUUUUGACUGUUUUCUUACAUAGAAUAAUUCAUUUAGCAGUAAUAAAGAGAAGCCUAAUCUUGCAUGAAAUUUCAAUAAAAAUUCAAACAUUGUUAUCUUUAUCAACAAUAUAAGAAGAAGAAUUAUCUUCAUCUUCAUAAAUACAGGUUAAUGUAGAAUAUCAGUUGUAUUGUAAAAACAAUAGAAUUUUACUUCCCUUGCAGAGCAAAUCUGUAUAUAUCUCUCAUCCUCCUUCAGAUUUUUAUUCAUCCUUUCUACAAUAUGACCAUGUGUGUAAUAUCUAGUUUUCUUACUUACAAAUGCAGAAAAAUAUAAGAUAUUUCAUCAGCUGUUAAAAGAUACAACUAAUGUUUCUCUCCCUCACACACAUUCACUAGAAGAAAAGUUUACAAAAUCCUCACUUUGAGAAGUUAAGGGAUUUCAUAUGACUCUAAUUUAGAGGUUAACAUCCUUGUGAGUUCUUCGAUCUUGUAGCCACUGGAACUGUUUGGAUUGUGCACUACUGUUCUGUCUUGUUUGUUUACUGAUUUGCUUUGUCUCUCCUAUUGUGCGUCCUUUAGGCCGUGGUAUGGAGCAAAAAGAAGUGGAUAUUAUGUCCCCCAGUCCAUUCAUCAACUUGGAAUUUGCACCUGCAUGAAUAUUUUGCAUUGUUUUCAAAUGGAAAAUAAUUAUUGUUCCAUAAGGUGCCAAGUACAAAUGAGGGUUAUUAUUUUCAAUCUUACCUCCCUUUUAUCCAGCUGUACAGUUCAUGCCAUUCAGUAUAUCUGAUGUAAUUGUGAUAUGUAUUUUUUUUUCACUUUCUUUCUCUCUGCUUCAUCUUGUUCUCCAGUAUUUCAUCUGUGUAGUUAUAAGCCAGUUUUAUGCAAGUACAAUAUCUAUAUCGUGUUUAAGAUUGUAAAUCCUUUUGUAAAAAUGUACAUAUAUUGUUGAUUAAUUUUUAAGAGUAUUAAGUGUUUAUGGUAACAUGUUGAAAUGUAUAUUAAAGUUUAAAUGUGUUUUUGUUGUGAAUUCCACAUUUUGAAUGUCUUUUUGAUUGAAAAUUGUCAUAUUUUGAUAAUUGGAUUAGUUUUUUAUAAAACUGUUAAAAAUAUGAAAAAUAGAUUUAUUUUAAAUUAAUUAAUGGACUUUGCAACAUUUUUACUGACCUGUGUACAGAUUGCUGUUGUUUGAAGAUUGUAUUUUGUAUG